GAUAUUUGCAAAAAUCUCGUCGUUUAUUCGCAAACAUUUCGAACUGGUGGAAUUUUCGAGCGUCCCCCCUCCCACCUCCCCCAACGAAAUCACGACGUGCCUACGCCAAUGACUAUCAAUGACGAUCACUUGGCGUUCCACGGACACGAUACGUAUACACGAGCCCCCCACAUGCAUGCACGCACACAUCCAUGAUGCACUGGGACGUCGGAUAACUGGACGAUUGUACGCGUUCGUUCAGUCGUCGUUCGGUCGUGGUUCGGUGUGCCCGAGCGUUCCUCUUUAAAAAAUCCGUUUUCUCGCGUCGCGGGCGUAGAGGCAACGAUCUUCUGCGUCCCACGCGGCGAUCGAGCGCGCGCCUCUGGAUCGAUCAGUGCCGCGUAGCCAUGGGAGCGCACGAAGUGGUGAUCGCGGCUUUGUCCGUUUUCAUCGGCGUCUAUUUGCUCACCGGAAACCGCCGACGCGUCAUUUACGCCCUCUACAAGACCUUACCGAGAGACGUGCUGGGCGCCUACAGAUUCGUUCGAGUGAACAUACUAUUAUGGUGGUGGGAAACGCAAGGGCUCACCGUGGCGAGGGUGUUCACCAACUACGCCACUGCUCAUCCCGACAAGAUUGCUUACAUCUUCGAGGACAGGGAAUGGACCUAUCGGGAGUUGGAGGAGUACAGCAAUCGUCUGGGACGUUACUUCCGGACAAAAUCUUUGUCCCGCGGGGACAGCGUCGCGUUGAUGAUGGACAGUUGUCCCGAAUACGUUGGAACGUGGCUGGGGCUCAGCAAGGCUGGCUUCGUGGGCGCACUCAUCAACACGAAUCUCCGCCAUGACGUUCUAGUGCACAGUAUGAAGGCGGCCAACUGCAAGGCUGUGAUAUUUGGGUCGGAAUUCAAAGAGGCGAUUCGCGACGUAAGGGAAAAAAUCCCGGGCUUGUCUCUGUAUGAGUGGUCGGAGCUGCCGGACACGCAGUGCCUGGAGGGAGCGAUCGAUCUGAACACGGAAAUCCGCACCGUGGAUCCGGCAGCCCUCCUCGACGACCUUGCUCUUGGUACGCCAAGGGACAAAUUGAUUUACAUAUACACGUCGGGCACCACUGGAAUGCCCAAGGCGGCCGUUAUCACCAAUCUGAGGUACAUGCUGAUGUCCUGCGGCGUUCACUACAUGCUAAAUCUACGAUCGACGGAUCGAAUUUAUAAUUCGUUGCCGCUCUAUCACACCGCGGGAGGAUUGAUCGGGGUGGGCCAGACGUUGCUCAGGGGUGUCACGGUGGUACUUCGCAGGCGUUUCAGCGCCUCAAAAUUCUGGCCUGACUGCGUCCAUUACGAAUGCACCAUCGCCCAAUACAUAGGCGAGAUCUGUCGAUAUCUACUGGCCGUACCUCCUGGCGCCUGCGACACCAAGCACAAAGUUCGACUGAUGUUCGGAAACGGCCUCAGGCCUCACAUCUGGAAGCCUUUCGUGGAACGAUUCGGCGUGAAGCAAAUUGGUGAAUUCUACGGCGCCACCGAAGGGAACUCGAACCUUGUGAACAUCGACAACAAAAUUGGCGCCGUGGGAUUCGUGCCACUUUGCGCGGGUUCCAUAUACCCUGUGGGCCUGUUGAAGGUAGACGAGGAGACUGGAGAACCGGUGAGGGGUCCAGAUGGUUUAUGCAUACGUUGUAAACCUGGUGAACCAGGCGUUUUCGUGGGGAAGAUAAACCCGAAGAAGAUAGUGAACGAUUUCUCCGGGUACGCGGACAGCAAAGCGUCCGAGCAGAAGAUCCUCCGCGACGUGUUCCGGAAGGGCGAUCGCGCCUUCAAUUCUGGUGAUAUUUUGGUUAUGGAUGAAUUCGGCUACUUCUACUUCAAGGACAGGACCGGUGACACCUUCAGGUGGCGUGGUGAAAACGUUGCCACUUGCGAAGUGGAGGCUGUUGUCAGCAACGUGAUAGGUUUGAAAGAUGCAGCAGUUUAUGGUGUCGAGGUGCCUAAAGUCGAAGGGAAAGCUGGAAUGGCCGCCAUUUACGAUCCAAAUAAUACUCUAAACAUCAAAGAAAUGGCGGACGGCGUGAAGAAGUCGCUCCCAGCGUAUGCCAGGCCUCUCUUCGUUAGAGUUCUGUCGGAACUGCCGAUGACUGGUACGUUCAAGUUGAAGAAAAAGGAUCUCCAGCAAGAUGGCUUCAAUAUUAAAACGAUCACGGAUCCGGUUUAUUUCCUCGAUCACACAGGCGCCUACGUGAAACUUACAGAACAGCUUUACAACGAUAUCAUCGAGGGAAAAGCUCGGAUAUAAUCAUUUAGUAAAAAAGUUUUGAACAGAAAAAGAAAACCCGUAAUUCAGAUUUUGUACAAUUUCUAUUUAUUUACAAGAACACGGAGCGAAUUGAGAAAUUCUACCAAACCGAGAAACGAAGAACGUCGCAUUUAUACCUAUAUAUUUUUACACGUAUCUUCUUCUAUGAGACGAUUCCAAGCAGCAGAAUAAAAUUAUACAACAUAUAGGUUUAGCAAACACACGUUAAAGAGAAAAAAGAAAAAUAUCCGUGAGAAACGUUCGACCUCCAUAACUCGUAGUACGUUAAGAAUCUUGUGUAUAGGAUUUCUUUAAAUUCCUUAAACACGAUUGUAGAUACAUUUUGCUAGACAAACUCCUAGAGACUAAGACUUCAAAUUAUUUUUUAAGGAAGCGAUACGCACAGACGACUGUAAAGCAACACUGUAUCCAAAGUGGAAUUCUGCGUUAUAGAUUAAUAAAU